AAGGAAAGUGGCCGAAAAGACCAUUGAAAAAUGUCCUGGAAGCGGCACCUGUGUAAGUGCCGAAGCGCCCCUGUCCCUGUGAUUGGGUAAGAGAUAGAGCACUGUCACUGUCAGUGCUGGACGGGGGAAGAAGGAGCAGCAGCGCCUGCAGCAGCCAGGUCUGCCGCUGGGAUGUCAGGCAGCCAGGACCCUGCAUAGCAACUGAAUGCUGCGAACAGCAGUGGAGAAGCCUCAGCGUGAACUGCACUGAAAGUGAAAGUAAAUUUGCAGCUGGAUUUCCCUCACGCUUGUUACCACUAUCACAUCUUGGCCUCAGCUGAUUGGUUAGUGCAGCACUGAGAUGCCCAUGCCCAUUACCUCCAGAGCAGGGCAGAGCUUCUGGGUGGCCCUGUACACUGUACUGUGUGUAUGGGGCGCUCUGCAUCAGCUCAGAUGCUCUCCAUGGAAAAGCUCAGAGGGAUAACAAGACUCAUUUACUUUCUGUUCCUGAGGCUGCAUUUCACAUAUUCUUCUGGUGAGCACACCCUGCUAUAUUACUCUACGACGGUCCCGGCCCGCAGCCCCGGGCUGCCGGUGUAUUCUUAUGCUAUGUACCUGGACGAUGUGAAGAUCAUGACAUACAGCAGUGACACGUACCGUGUACGACCCAUGUUCCAGUGGCUGGAGGAACAGGCCGGGGCAGAGCACUGGGAAAUGCACAAUAGGUUUGGCCAACGUCAUGAGCUAGAGAACCAGCAGCAUGCCAGUCUCAUGCAGGGUCUUUUCAACAAGUCACGUGAUCGAUCCCCCUACACGUACCAGAUAAAAUGGUCCUGCGUUCGGCAUGAAGAUGGCACAGUGACUGGUUCCAAAGAGUUUGGUUUUGAUGGUGAGGCCAUGAUAGCGUUUGACAAGGAUCUCAUGAUGUUCAUACCUGUGUCACAGAAAGCAGAGACGGUGACCCAGAUAUGGAACCAUCAGCAAGUUUGGAUCCAGAGGACAAAGGCUUGCAUCGAGGUGGACUGUCCUGAGUGGAUUAAUGAUUACUUGAGACAUGGCAGAGAAGAAUGGGAUAGGAAAGUUCCCCCCGAGGUGAAGAUUGUUAGUUACCAGGCAGACGGGGUCACAAAGCUUUACUGCUUGGUGUACGGGUUUCACCCCCGAGCUGUGGAUGUGAAGUGGAUGAGGAACAAUACAGACGAGGUUCCCUCAGAGGAGGCCAACCAUAUCCUCCCCAAUCCUGACGGCACCUAUCAGAUAACAGUCACCGUGGAAGUGCCGGCCGGGGAGGAGAACCGUUACUCCUGCCAUGUGGAUCACAGCAGCCUGGAGGAGAUACUUGUUGUGAAGUUGGACACGGCGCAGACAAACACCUACCUGUACCUCUCCCUUACUGCUACCCUUAUCUGCCUGGCUGUGCUGGGAGUGGUUAUAUACCGGAGAUGUACAAGUCAGAGGCGACGGACUGGUAACUGAAUCUUCCCCCGUGGCACCAGAUAUAAGAGACAAGACCAGAUCUUAUAGAUGGAGAUACAACCUUCAUAGGGUCCAACAAAUUGUGCUGAUGCCACCACUAGAAAUCACCCAGGGCGACAGCUGCGUUCCCAAGUGCACAGUUGUUAUUUGUGUGUGAAUAGAGUUAGUGCUCCUAUGCGUGUAUCUGAUGUAGUGAGGUGCGUUCCGUUGUAUGGUUAUACUCAGUGGUGGUUUCAGAGGUGGGGCUGCAGCACAGUCCAAACUUCAAAUAGAGGAGCCACCCCUACUGCCAGUGACUCCCGGCCGGUGAUGUCUGGCAGUGGUGGGGUGGCAGUAUUUGGUGCGGCUCCUAUGUUUGAAAUUUGGACUGUGCUGUAGCCCCACUUCAGAUACUAUGACAAUUGUUCCACUGUACUGAGCCCCUGAGAAAAUGCUUCUCCCUUACCUCCUGUCAGUGAUAAGCAAUGGCGUCCCUUUCUGAUAUAAUACUCAUGCUUGCUAUUAUGUUUUUCUCUAUCGUCCUAAGUGGA